AUGUCUCUGAGGAGGAAACUGAGUUGCCUGUGGACCUUAGGUCUGUAUCUGGUAACCACUGAAUCUCUCAAAGUCCCGUCUAUCUCAGACCCUCACUUUAUAGACGAGUGCGUCAAGACCCACAACGAAUGGCGCGGCAAAGUCAGCCCCCCUGCGGCCGACAUGAAAUUCAUGAUUUGGGAAGAAGGUUUGGCAAAGAUAGCCAAAGGAUGGGCAGACACAUGCCAAUUUAAACAUAACACCUGUUUACAACUGCCAUUUGAUUGCAGUGAAGAUUAUGAAUUUAUUGGAGAAAAUAUCUGGUUAGGUCUAUUCAAAAUAUUUUCACCAAGGGAUGCUAUUGUUGCUUGGUAUAAUGAAACAGAGCAUUAUGAUUAUGAUACUCUAGCAUGUUCUUAUGUUUGUGGCCAUUACACACAGGUAGUUUGGGCCAGUUCAUAUAAAGUUGGUUGUGCAAUUAAAACUUGCCCUAACCUUGGAGAAGCUUCUACUUCAAUAUUUAUCUGUAACUAUGAACCUGCAGGAAAUUAUCCAAAUAUGCCCCCCUACCAAAAAGGAGCAUCCUGUUCUUUGUGUGACAAAAAAGAGAAAUGUGUAAAGCACCUCUGCCGUGCCUCAGACACCAGCAUUUACUGUGCGGAUGAUAGCUCAUCAGUAAAUGAUGACACAGCCUUUCGUGUCAGAAAUGACUCUGCAUAA